AUGGACAUCGAUAGCUCAGAUGAUGAUGGAAUGUUUUUGACCCAGUCAACAUACACAACGCAAUAUUCGGAUAUAUCUUCAGAUGAAACUGCUGAUAAAGUUAUUGUUGGUGACGUUUUGGAGGGUUUUGGUGACAAAAUCACUCAGUCGGAUGACGAGUUAGUGGCGUCUUGUAUAGUCGCUGAGAAGCAAUCAACGUAUGAAACUACGUAUGAAACUGACAAGAAGGGAGGGAACGCGUCGGAGACGUUUGCCGACAGCACAGUAUCAAAAAUGAAAUGGGCUACAACUUUAUUCAGAGAAUGGCAAAGUAACAGAAACAAACUAGCAGCGGACACUUCCAGGAACCUAAGCUUCAUUAUGGUACCACUGGAGGAAAUGAGCGUUGACGAACUGAACUAUACUAUUUCCAGAUUUGUCUGUGAGGUGAAGAAGACGGACGGCACUGAUUUCCCGUCCGACACCUUAUAUGGACUUGUGAUCUGCCUCCAGUUACACAUGGACAGCAUUGGCAAAGCCUACAAGUUCCUAACUGAUGACGCCUUUUUGCAAAUAAAGAACACCCUGGAUAACAUGAUGAAACGUCGCGCUAAGGAUCCAUCCAGUAAGCCACCGGUUCAAGCCGAAGUGAUCACGCCAGAGGAAGAGGAAGUUCUAUGGGCAAAAGGUGUUCUUGGGAGUGAUAACCCUAAGCAAUUAUUGGACACUAUUUUCUACUUGACCACCCCCAAAACAGACAGUGACCCCUUCUACUUGCGACCAUUACGAAAACCAAUGGGCGACGUAUGGUACAGCAGUCAAGCAGUUGGCCGCCACAGUCUAGCUGCUAUGGUGUCUGACAUUUGCCAAAGAGCUGGAUUGACCGGACACAGGACCAACCACUCACUACGCGCCACAGCCGCCACUCGUUUGUUUGAGGCUGGUGUUGACGAGCAAUUGAUAUGCGAGGUAACUGGGCACCGGUCAAGCGCAGUGAGGAGCUAUAAGCGUACCAACUCGGCUCAAAAAAGGAAGUUGAGUUCUCUUCUGCAAGGUCAAGCUUCAGUUCCUGGUUCAGCCAGUUCUACCGCUUGUUCUAGUACUGACAUAGAUAAGUCUGACGACAGUAAAAACAUUUCUGUUACUGUUAGUGUGAAUGUCAACUAA